AUGGGACAGGACCACUCUAUCGAGGCGAGGCCACCACCCACUCGUGAAGAGGUUGUCCGGCAUCUUGCCGGCAAAUUCGCCGACAAAUGCUACACUCCACUGGAGAUUUACUCGCUCAAGGACAACUUCAAGAGCCUGGCCGACACGGUGCAGAAUGUAAAGUACCUCAAGGAGGACACCGUUGCCCGGUUCCUUGAGAUCCCCGACGCGCUUGGCGUCACUCCUGUGCUGUUCCAGGCCGUGUCGUAUCUGGCCGCUUUUCCCUUCUUGCGUGACGCCCCUGCCGUCCUCGGGCUCGAGCAGCUCGUCAUCGCCAUCACCAUCUUGACUGGCCGUUGGAAGAGAGUGCUCAAGAGCCCUGCAGACAGGACGAGGCUGCUCUUCAAGAGCCUAGCUGUCUAUGACCGCAAGCUGUCUCGUGCGACGCUGACGCCCGUUGCAAGCCCUACGGUGGCCGAGACCAAGGGUACGUCGACCGGCUUCGCAGUGGACGAGGCGGGUGACGAUGAUGAGGCCGAGAACGACGGGGAUGAUGAUCUCGUGUUGGCGGCGUUCGAGUCACUAGACUGCGUGGAUGCAUUUCGUCACGGAGACGCGCCUCCCAAUAUCCAAGGGGCCAUGAUACCGGCCGAUAACUUUGUGCGGCUCAUCAUGCUGCUUCUUCUGGUGGCGCCGCUCGAUCCGCAGGAGAGGCUGUCGCAGUACUCGGACCGGCUCGUCGGUCCUGAGCUCGAAGACCUACACGCCACGGCCGAGUGCGUGCUCAAGGCGUUUCUCGACGUCGAGGAGGUCCCUGGACUGACCUGGUCUCGGUUCCGCAAGAUCCUACCAGCGUGCUGUCCGUUCAUGUUUGACGCUGGCUUCAACGCCCUCUUUAGCCACUUCCUCUUCUCGAAAAAUGUUGACUUUACUAAGCCCAAGGCAAGGUUCUCAGAAGAGAACAUAGGGGAGGAUACCAAGUCGCCACAGAAGGCCGCUCCGGCGCAGUCAAUACUCCCACAGCCAUUGCUGCCUCAGGCUGGCUCGAUCCUCAACGCCAAUCUUCUGUCACAGCUUUCAUUCUUCAUCCCGGGGGACUCGCUCUUCCGCUGCUUGCGGCUGCUGUACUCUGGCGACGAGGACGGCUUCUCCAUGGGCAGCUUCGAGGGCAAGGUCUUCAACUGGCGGGCUCCUACACUGCUCCUCGUCCGGGGGCGGAGGUUGGACGACCAACCAGACGGAACCCGCGAGUCUGCGUUUGCCGCCUCGAUCCCGCCGCGCAGGUUCCCAAAUGGCAGCGGUGGCGGCAGCACUGACAACAGCGACGAGACCCUCACCUUUGGCGUCUUUAUCGCGCAGCCCUGGCGACACACGCACCGGGAGUGCUUUGGCGACGAAAGCAGCGUCCUGUUCCAGCUCGGACCGGUGCACGACGUCUUCCGCGCCAGCACCCUGAACCGGGACUACGCGGGCUUCGUCAAGCCAACUGGCAGCGGCAGCCACCAUGGCGGCAUCACGUUUGGGUGCCCGGCGCCGUCGCCCUCCAAAGCUUCAUCGGCGGCCGGCUCGCUCGUGGCGCUCGGCAGCGUGUCGCUGUUCCUGGACUCGAGCUUCGAGUUUGGCGUCUUUACGCACGACCACACGUCGCGCGGCGGCGCGUACGCCGCCAGCGCGUCGCGGCCCCGCGACUUCCAGGAGCGCUUCGCCGUCGACUCCCUCGAGGUCUGGGGCUGCGGCGGCGACGACGAGUCGAGACGGCAGGCGGAGCGCUGGGCUUGGGAGGCCAGAGAGGCGGAGGCCCGGAGGAAGAUCAACCUCGGCACCGGGGACCUCGAGGCCGACCGGGCGCUGCUGGAGAUGGCUGGCUUGGUUGGACAGAACAGGAGUGGUGGGAGUAUGAUUUGA